ACUUGAUGCUGGGAUUUUCCGCCAUCUUCCCCAUACAGUCUCGACCACGACAUUCGCCGUGAUUCUGCCUGGAGCAGACGCUCAACUCUGAUUCAACCACUUGCGCGUCUUCCCUUCUUACCUCACAUACACCUCUUACCGCGAGUUGCGCCUUCCUUUGACGGCCUCUCAUCACAACAACAAAUUUUGCCAUCCGCACUUUUCUCUCCCCUCCGACGACCCCUCGCCUCUUCAUCAACCCGACCCCGCCGCUCGACCCUCUUCAUCCACCUUGAACUUUACCUCACCUCAUACUCCCUCUACCAUAAUGGCCGCCGUCGCUGAGAACGGCCACGCACCCGUGGCCGAUGAGAAUGCCGCCCCCGUCGCUGCCGCCGAGCAGACCGAAAAGACGAACGGUGACUCCGUCACAGUAUUCCACGACCCCGAAAACUUCAACGUUAAGCAUCCUUUGAUGCACGAGUGGACCCUCUGGUUUACCAAGCCCCCCAGUGGCAAGGGCGAUAACUGGAACGACCUUCUGAAGGAGGUUGUGACUUUCAACUCUGUCGAGGAAUUCUGGGGAAUCUACAACAACAUCACGCCGACCUCCGAAUUGGGCCUCAAAGCAGACUACCACCUUUUCAAGAAGGGCGUCAGACCGGAGUGGGAGGACCCCCAGAACAAGCACGGCGGAAAGUGGUCAUAUUCCUUCAAGGACAAGCGCUCCGUGCCCAUUGACGACCUGUGGCUGCACGCUCAGCUGGCAGCUAUUGGCGAGACUCUCGAGAGCGAUGGCGACAGCGAGGUUAUGGGCGUCGUCGUGAACGUACGCAAGGGCUUCUACCGUGUGGGUCUGUGGACACGGACCGUUGGCAAGGCCAUUCCGGGAGACAAGAACAACACCCGUACGCCCGCCCAGGGCAAGGACAUCCUCGAGGCCAUCGGCCGCCGCUUCAAGGAGGUUCUCCGUCUCAAGGAGGCGGAUGCCGUUGAGUUCUCCGGACACACAGACAGCGCGCACAGCGGCAGCACGAGAGCCAAGGCCAAGUUUGUUGUCUGAAGCGCCUGCUAGCUUGUGUCGCUUUGGCUUUAUGAUAUCAUAACGCGGUGGUUUUCGCUUGUUUGCUAUGGAUUAAUGGAAAAGGGCUCCGUGAUGAUGCGCGGUAACGAAAGGGAAAAGAUCAGUACAAGGCAUUGCCUGUGGGAGGAGACAUAUUCCAAACUGGCUUGCCAGCACUUCGCAGUGAGGCGAUGAUCUGGUUGCAGCUCUUUUCCUCAAGACGUAUUUCUGACGAGGUUUAUACCAUAUUCUGUUAAAUUUCAGUGUUGUCCCUCUUGGGAUCGGAGAAUACAAGAAAAUGAUUUGAAUUGCUGCAUCUACUUGACCUGUCUGAUUUUUGCUUGCAUGGUGACGUUGCUGUCCUUCAGCUCCGUUAUCGAGACAAAACCUCAAUGCGGGCCGUGUAUACACCGAGUAC